UGCCAAUCAUAAUUAGCUCCGCCUUUGUCCUCUUUUUGACGACCUCCGUCUCCCUUCUUUCUUCCCCUUUUCUUUGUAUUCCGUCUUCCGGCGUUUCUCAAAACUAGAAAAUGACUUCGUCGACGCUCAAGCGUUGGUUGAGGCCUGAGGUAUAUCCUCUGUUCGCCGCCGUUGGUGUUGCCGUCGGUAUCUGCGGCAUGCAAUUGUUUCGGAACAUCAGCGGUAAUCCUGAAGUCAGAGUGGCGAAGAAAAAAAGAGCUGCCGGAGUGCUGGAUAACUUUGAUGAAGGCGAAAAGUACGCAGAGCAUUCACUUAGAAAAUUUGUUCGUAACAAGAAUCCGGAGAUCAUGCCAAAUAUCAAUUCCUUCUUUGCAGACCCUAAAUAAAUAAAUACACUUGCAGUUUAUGGUGUGAUCUUCCAUUUUACCUUCGAAACACUAGAAGCGAUUGUGUUUCGAAUAGAUACUUUAAUUCAAUCUAGUGACUAGUUGUAUAAUUUUAGAUUUAUUUUUAUAAUCAGUUUUCCUGUACUUUGCUCCAAAUCAGUGAAAAAAAAAUCAUAAUCAAAGGG